GUUUGGAUUGUCAGCACUGUCACACUUGUAUCAUUUUUUUGUUGUCAUUGAAAUUAGUAAUUAACUUUUUUCGAUUUUAAAUGCRAAAAUGCCGCCAACAAAACAAUUAAAUUUGAAUAUUGAGGUAGACGUUUUAACCUCAGGUUCAGCAGCAGACGUAGUAAACUCAAUCCUAGAGUUUCUGCUAUUCCAAAGAAACCAAAUCCCAUUCGUUUACAGCACUUACAAAUACUAUGUCGGAUUAUGGACAGAUGAAAUAGAACGUACUGCCAAUGGCAACAUGGAAACUUGUACGCAAUCUGGACAAUAUUCAAGCGGCCUUCACUCCUAUCAAUUASAGCGACAACGUGAGCAGGCUCUUAGAACUAAAGAGGCAAUAAGUGCAAUGCGUGAGCUGAUUAGAAAGUCAUUCGACAAUAAUAAUGUACGUAGCUUAAGAUUUCUAUUUGGACCAACAACUUUUACAGCAAAGGAAGCAUACACAAUUCACAUACCAAUCGAUUCAAUAUCGCGAUUGCAUUCCCAUCAUCAACACCGCAUUCCACAUGCUCGACUAAAUCAAACAUUAAUCUCACUAUUAACCAGUGAAGAUCUGUAUGGCAUUUUCUCACAUAAUCUUUGCCCAACCAACUUGUAUCUUGAAAUGGAGUUAUUAUGUGAAGAAGGCAUUUUAAGGGACACUUGUUCAAAAACAGAGUUACUACCAAAAGACAUAUAUCAGUUGCCUCCAAGUUGUAAGGAUAUUCAUUUUCACUUGCAGCAUUCACCAUUACCUAUACCGAAUGAAAACGAGACAUUAAAUUGUUGUAAGGAGAUUGAAGUGUUUGAAGGUGUGAUGUCUCUUAAUAUAAAUGAUAGUGAAAAUAGAAAAAGCGAUUAUGGUUGCAAAAAACAUGUUCAGCUCUUGCCAACUUGGUGGGAAGCAGAUGUUUUAGUGCAAGGAUUUAAAGAGAAACCAAUAAAAGGCUUGAGCAUUUGGACAAAAUAAUUAUUAUAUUAAGACAGAUAUAAUUAAAUUUAUUAACGAGCGGUCUAGAUAAUUUGUUUUGAAAUU